CCUGACCGGCCACCGGAGCAACACAUGCGAUCCCACAAUGGCUGUUCACAGGCUCGCGGUGCUCAUCUUUCUCACAUUUUUCGUCGGUUUGGCCUGGUCCUUACCGCGAUUUCUCCAUGGGAGACCCCGGGGUGGGAUGCUUGGAGCCCCGAGGAGACGAUCAGGCGGUUCGCUGCCUCCCGAUCAGUGGUUGGAACAGAAACUAGAUCAUUUCAACGAUGCCGAUCUCAGGACUUGGCAACAGCGCUACUUUGUCAACGAUACCUUCUUCAAGCCCGGCGGUCCAGUCUUUCUCAUGAUUGGUGGAGAAGGCACCGCCAAUCCUAUCUGGAUGGUAGAAGGAACAUGGGUCGUCAUGGCUGAACGACUGGGGGCGUUGUGCCUGAUGCUGGAGCACCGAUUUUAUGGGAAAAGUCAUCCUACUCCUGAUAUUUCCGUGGAGAGCCUGAGCUUCCUAAACAGCGAGCAGGCCCUAGCAGACCUGGCCUACUUCAGACAGUACAUGGGCAUGAAAAUGAACGUCACAUACAGCAAGUGGAUCUCCUUCGGUGGUUCUUACCCAGGUAGUCUCUCAGCUUGGUUCCGUCUGAAAUACCCUCAUCUAGUGGAUGGUGCCGUGGCAACCAGUGGACCAUUACUGGCCCAGCUAGACUUCACAGGUUACGUGUCCGUGGUGCGGGAUUCUCUGGCAACGAGCCCGCAGGGAGAUAUGUGCAACACCAACAUCAUGCAGGCCACAACGCAGGUGGAACAACUCCUGCAGCACCGUGUGGGAUGGGCGGACCUGACCAAGAUGUUCCAAGUCUGUAAGCCACUGAACGGAUCCAACCCCAACGAUGUCUCCAAUUUCUAUGAGGCCAUCGCGGGCAACUUCUUUGGGGUGGUGCAGUACAACAAAGACAAUCGUGCAUUUGAGGGAGCGGUAGGCACCGACAUCACCAUUGACACCCUGUGUGGCAUCAUGGGUAAUACCUCUAUCGGCGUGCCCCUGGCGCGCUACGCUGCCGUCAACACGCUGUUACUGCAGACAUACGGGGAGAAGUGUCUGGACGUAUCUUACGAUGACAUGAUCACUGAGAUGAGACAGACGUCUUGGGAAAGCUCGGCAUCUGAAGGAGGUCGACAGUGGGUGUACCAGACAUGUACUGAGUUUGGGUUCUUCCAAACAUCGGAUGGCAAGGACCAACCAUUCGGCAAUGGCUUCCCUGUCAGCUUCUCCCUGCAGCAGUGCUCUGACAUCUACGGGAAACAGUUCAACAAGACCACGUUGACUCAAGGCAUUGCACGCACUAACACCAACUACGGAGCCAAGGGCAUCCGAGCAACCAAAGUCAUCUUCCCUAACGGUUCAAUCGAUCCCUGGCACUACCUGGGAAUCACCAAGGAUGUCUCUGAGACUGAAACAGCAGUCUACAUCAAUGGUACUGCUCACUGUGCCAACAUGUACCCAGCACUGCCCUCGGAUCCCCCUCAGCUUGUACAAGCCAGGGACACCAUCUUCAAAGCUGUGGAGGCCUGGAUCCAAUAAGAACGGCAUCCAAUCAUUUAAUCACAAAUUUUACAAGAAGGCUUAUUUUGUAUUAAUUUCUACUUGAAUUUUUGUUGCAAUUACGAUAUUGUAAAAUUUUAUCAUUUAUUAAAUGAAUUAUUGAUUUUGUAUGAAAUACAAUGUCCUCAUCUCUAUAGUACUACUGCAAUCAAAUCAUGUCAAUCACAAGUAUCAUCACAAGUCAGUCACAUGUAGCUUCUAACAUGAUUUGAGAUGUUAUGACUUUUAAUACGGAUUUGUCUACAGUUUCAAUGUCAAUACUUUGAUAUUGAUUUGCUCCAUAGAUUUGUUUUUAUCCAAUUCAACAGUACUCACGAAAUGUAAUCCAACUGGCAGUUGAAAGUUAUGUCAUCAUGUUGAUUACUAGAAAUAUAAUAUCACCUUCACUUGUUAUUUAACCAUUUGAAAUAUUCUUCAUUAUUUUAGAAAUAACUUCAAAGUUUUCCAACCAUCAAAAUAUAAGGAAAACGUAUGUAUCUGUAUCUGUAUCAUUAUAGUCGGUAAAGCAUCCCAGGGGAAACA